AUGCUAACCACGAUUUUAGAGAAGUUAGGCUUUGAAGAAAAGAGAGUUUUAAAAGCGGUACUAAUUGGAUUAAUUGCUUCGCUAUACUUCCUGUACAAGAACGAAUUUGAUAUCACAAGAGUGGCUGUUUCUGUUGUAAGUACCACGAAAGAAAUUACACAAGCAGUAAGGGAUAAAAUAAUGCUUGGUCGAUGGGCUCCAAGAAAUGCGGAGCAAGAGGAGACUAUUGUCAGAAGAGGUGGUUAUGUUGGAGGUUUAGUGAAUGACGGUAACACAUGCUUUAUGAAUUCAGUGCUCCAAUGUUUGGCCUCGUCCAAAGAGUUGCAUAAAUUCAUGGACACUAUUAUCCUAGAUUCUAAUGAUGACAGUCAAAAUACAAUUGAUGAGAAUGGAGAAGAAUCAGAUUUGCCUAAUGAGCAAUCUACUGUUGAGAAGAAGCCUAAAGCAACAAAGAAUAAGACAUAUGGAAAGAGGAAAAAGAUCGCUGUACGUCAAGCAGACAACGAGCUCUUAAAAAACUCAACAGAACCUAAUAUGCAUUUCACAUUGGCUCUUCAGGAUCUAUUCUCAAAGUUGAAUGCGAAACAUUACCGUAACAGACCAUGGUUUAAGACCAACAAACUUUUGAAAACUAUGUCAAAAGCUCCAAAUAGGAACAUCAUCCUAGGUUAUGAUCAAGAAGAUGCUCAAGAGUUUUUCCAAACUAUCCUUUCAGAGCUGGAGAAGAAUGUUGAAAGCAUAUAUGGAAAACCAGAAAAGGAUCCAAAGCCAGUACCACAAGAUGAUUUGCCUGAAGAUGCAAUUGUUGGACAAGAACACCUCGGCGAGAUUGGUGAUGUCUAUAUCCCAACGGAACAGAUCGACCCAAACUCCGUGCUUGCAUCUGGUAGGAAAUUCUAUUCUCCAUAUAAAAUUGUUACUCCCUUAGAUGGUAUCACUGCCGAAAGAAUUGGAUGUUUGCAAUGUGGUGAGAAUGGUGGGAUAAGAUAUUCAGUCUUCUCAGGUCUAUCUUUGAAUUUACCCAGUGAUAACAUCGGUUCCCCAAUCAAACUGUCACAACUUCUUGACGAGUGGUCGAAACCUGAGAUCAUCGAAGGAGUUGACUGUAAUCGUUGUGCAUUGAACGCUGUUUUGGAACAUUUAGUAGAACAACUGAACACCAUCCAAUCACAGCCAGAUGUCAAUCAAAAACUAGUAACCUUGAUGGAGGAUAGGAUCAAUGAAGUUAAAUCAGUGUUGUCAAAGCUUGCCAUCGAUGAUGAUGACUAUAAGAGGAUGCAUACUGAGAACAUGGUUCGCAAAUCCUCAAAGUCAAAACAAAUUUUGAUUUCUAGACCUCCACCAUUGUUAUCUGUUCACAUCAACCGGUCCGUUUUUGACCCUCGCACUUAUAUGAUCAGGAAAAAUAACUCAAGAGUUAUAUUCAAAAGCAAAUUGAAUCUAUCACCUUGGUGUUGCAAUUAUGAUAAGAUUAAUCUUGAUGCACGUCUUCCGAUGUCCAAGAAGCAAGAGAACUGGCACGAAUCAUCCGAAGAUGACAAUAAUGGAACUGAAUACUACAAUAAGUUGCAUCGCAGAUUUGAAAAAGAAUUUGAAGACAGCGAUGAAGAGGAGGAUGGAAGUGAUAAUGGUCAAGGAAUGUUCAAUGGAUCUUCAAGAAUGGUGGAAGAGCAUGAUGUUUUGAAUGGUGAAUUAAGUUCGGCAUCGUUGUCAUCAUCCGAAGACGAUAUUGCUGAAGUCGAAGAGGUGGAGUUAGAUGCCCUUGGAAAUACAAUCGUAAAAAAGACUGCCAAAAAACCAUUAUUAGGUGGCAAUCAAGAUGUGUCUAUCUCCAGAGGAAACCUCGAUAUAGUAGAUGCCGAAGGCAACUCUGAGCAAGAAGAUGAUCCUGAAGAUGAUGAUGAGGAUGAAGCUUAUGAAGAAGACGAAGCUGAAGAAGACGAGGAAAACUCCGAAGAAGAAUCAGAUGACUCCUUGCCAACACCUCCGCUUCCUCCUACACAACCAAUUGUGUCCAGCGUUCCUGCCGGGCCUUUGACAUAUGUUUUAAGAUCUGUUAUUGUACAUUAUGGUACUCAUAACUAUGGUCAUUACAUUGCAUUUAGAAGGUUCCGUGGUUGCUGGUGGAGAAUUAGUGACGAAAGUGUUUACAUUGUCGACGAACAAGAAGUGCUUUCUACCCCCGGUGUUUUCAUGUUGUUCUACGAGUACGAUUAUGAUACAGAAACAGGGAAGAUGAAAGACGAUACUGAAUACGAGAAUGAAUUCAACGUAGAGAUUGAAGGUGAACCUGCUGUUGAUCAAGUAACUCAUUGA